GCUCUCCUGGUCUCUGGUUCCCAAAAGCCUUUUUAUGGUUCAAGUGUGCCAACAGCUGAUUUUCUGUGGCAGAGAAACACAGAGCAGUCAGGAGAGAGAGAGAGAACAAGGGACCAGCUUCAUGUCUCUGUCCCAGAUCACCCCAACCCUUUUCCUGGGCGGAUCCGAUGCCCCUCUCAAUCGAGCUCUCGUGGCUCGUAAGAGCAUCACCCUCAUCGUAAACGCCACCCUGUCCCACAGCUGCCCCACAUACCCAGGAGUUGAAUGUAUACGUGUGGCUGUUCCUGAUCUUCCCACUGCACGUCUGAGUGACCACUUUGACCGAGUAGCAGCCCGCAUUCAUAACAACCGAGCAGGUGGGACGUUGGUGCAUUGUGCGGCAGGCAUGAGCCGCUCCCCUGCUCUGAUCAUGGCCUACCUCAUGAAGUACAAAGGAGUGACGUUGUGCCAGGCGCACAACUGGGUGAGGCAGAGUCGACCCUCGAUCCGCCUCAACGAAGGAUUCUGGGACCAGCUUCUGGACUAUGAAAAGGGACUUUAUGGGAAAAAUACUGUGAAAGUUGCUGCUCCAUUGGAAGUGAACAAAAUGGGCAAAAUGAUGCAUAGAUACAGUCUGAGAGAUGUUCCAUCAUCUCCAAGGCUAGGCUGGUUUAGACGAUAGAAUUGUAAAAAGAAGAAAAUCACAUGGUAACAUUUGAUUUGUUUAUUAGCCCUAAAGUUGAAUCAGUUCCAGCAUUGUUUUUACUGAACAAUCUCACUCUCAAAAUCUUUUCCACGGUUCAAGUGCCUUCAUUACCCCUUAAACAUUAUUAGUACUUAUGUUUCAUUAAAAAUAGAAUUCAAUUAUAAAAGUUUCAUUCCAAGUUAUAGUAUUCAACCCUCCCUAUAAUGUUAUCAUCAACAUUUUGGACUCAGUUUUAAAAAUUGGGAUAAAUUGCAGUGAGGUCACUGGUGCUAAAAGAUUCAGAAUUCACAUCAGUGAUUUGACGCUAUUGGGUUUUGAAAGCAGCGUGUUUAAAAGUGUGUGUGAGAAGGCAACUCUUUAAUGCUGUUUAUGUAAAAAAAAUUGAGCAUGUAAAACUUUUGUAACACCAAUUUUUUUUUUUUUUACACAAAAUACAUCUGAUAUGAAUCAUUUAUUUAUUUGGGUUUUUCUGCCUAUCAAACUAUGGGAAAAGUGUGGAAAAGUGGGAAAAGUGUGUUGUUUGGUCCACUUAAAUUACAAUAAUUAUAUGACUAAUGAUAAUGAUAAGA